CGAAAAAAUAUAUAAUUCUUCUUUACGCUCAACAUAGCGUUCACCGGCCAAAACCAGUCUUGCUUUCAGUAGACACCUGUCAAAUAUAGGACAGUAAUUAUUUGGUGAACGUAUUUGAAAUCAUCCCGGUGAAGCGGUAUUGCCACCUAACGUUCGUUAGGUAAACAGUCCAGUGCGCCUGCGCGGUUUACCGGACAAGAUGGCGACCAGUAAUGGUGGAGGAAUGGAAGUGGAUGGGGCAGCCAGCCCCAGUGUUAUGGCCUCAGGGGUCACUGGGAGUGUUUCUGUGGCCUUACACCCUCUGGUUAUCCUCAACAUAUCCGACCACUGGAUACGCAUCCGCUCACAAGAGGGGCGACCAAUGCAGGUGAUUGGAGCCCUGAUCGGGAAGCAGGAGGGGAGAAACAUCGAGGUGAUGAACUCCUUUGAGUUGCUGUCUCACACCAUAGAUGACCGCGUGCAUAUUGACAAGGAGUACUAUUACACCAAGGAGGAACAAUUCAAACAAGUCUUCAAGGAAAUGGAGUUCCUGGGCUGGUACACCACAGGUGGACCCCCUGACCAAUCAGAUAUUCAUAUUCACAAGCAGGUGUGUGAGAUCAUUGAGAGCCCUCUCUUCCUCAAGCUCAACCCAAUGACAAAACACACCGAUCUCCCUGUUAGUGUUUAUGAAUCUGUGAUUGACAUCAUCAGUGGCGAGGCUACCAUGUUGUUUGCCGAGCUCACGUACACUCUGGCUACAGAGGAAGCAGAGAGGAUUGGUGUUGACCACGUUGCUCGGAUGACCGCCACCGGCACAGGAGAAAACUCAACAGUUGCUGAACACCUUGUAGUCCAGCAUAGUGCGAUAAAGAUGCUCCACAGCCGGGUGAAGAUCAUUCUAGAGUACGUCAAAGCCGUUGAAACAGGAGAGGUGCCAUUUAACCAUGAGAUCCUUCGAGAAGCGAACGCCCUGUGCCACAGACUGCCCGUCCUCAGCACCAUUAAAUUCAAAACUGACUUCUAUGAUCAAUGUAAUGACGUGGGCCUCAUGGCCUAUUUAGGCACCAUCACCAAGACAUGCAACAGUAUGAACCAGUUCAUCAACAAGUUCAAUGUCCUGUACGACAGACAGGGCAUCGGCCGGAGGAUGAGAGGGCUGUUCUUUUGAGCUGGCAGUUAAAAGCAGAGAGACAAACAAGCACUGCAGUUUAUUUUUCGUUCUUUUUUUUUUUGUGUGUGUUUUGUUUUUAUUUUGAUUAGCUACAACAAUUUCUGAACCCAGUUUAUCAUUUUCAACUACAAGUGUUUGUCAAAGCGCUUAAUUUCACCAAUCAAUAACUCAUUCUUGGGUAUGCACAGAAAUAGAUCCACUGUACAUGGACGUUGUAAUAUUUUACCCCGUUUGUUUUAUUGUUUAAUGUUUCUGUAUGUAAUAAAUGAUCUGCUGAUUUUUUUCA